GUCGGAGCGCGGGCGGUGCCGGCCCGCCCCGGGGCUCCGCUGUGGAGCGCUGUCCCGGCGGCGCUGAGCCGCGCUCGGCUCCAUGGAGGCGGCCAACGGGGCUGUGCCCGACGGCACGGCGGGGGGAAAGGGCGGCAGCGGGACCGCGCCGUCGGGGAAGAAGGAGGUGAAGAUGGUGAUCGUGGGGGACGGCGGCUGUGGGAAGACGUCGCUGCUGAUGGUGUACGCCAAGGGAGCCUUCCCUGAGCAAUAUGCGCCGUCUGUGUUUGAGAAAUACGCCACCAGUAUCACCAUUGGCAAAAAGGAGGUCAUCCUGAACUUGUACGACACUGCAGGGCAGGAGGACUAUGAUCGGCUGCGACCACUCUCUUACCAGAACACAAACGUAGUGUUGAUUUGUUACGAUGUCAUGAACCCCACCAGUUAUGAUAAUGUAGCAGAUAAGUGGUAUCCUGAAGUGAAUCACUUCUGCCAGGGCGUCCCACUGGUACUGAUCGGCUGCAAAACAGACCUUCGGAAAGACAAAGAGCAGUUGCGAAAGCUCAGGGCUUCGAAGCAGGAACCCAUUACUUACAACCAGGGUGAAGCAGCCUGCCAGCAGAUAAAUGCAGAAAUUUAUCUGGAGUGCUCAGCAAAAUGCCGUGAAAACAUAGAAAACGUUUUUAAAGAAGCAACAACUAUUGCACUGAGUGCCAUGAAAAAAGCCAAGCGCCAAAAGAAACAGAGAGUGUGCUCAGUGUUAUGAUCUGGACUGCAAGAGCGCAUUGACAGCUAUGAACCAAGUUACUCUGAUUUUAGCAAGUGUGAAAACACUUUUUUUUUCCCCCUCAAGACACAUUUUGUAUUCCUGCAAUGAUUUCUAUUUUAAAAUUUUAAUACUUCUCAGGUGUUCGGGUUUUUAUAACUUCUUAUUUUUCUUUAGAUUUAAAACCUUUUGCCACAUUGCUCUCACAGAGUUCUCAAGUCUCUUUAUCAAGGCUGCCUGAUGCUACACGUUCACCUGGCUUUUGUUCCUACCAGCAAGAUACCAACAGUCUGGUCUUGGAUUGACUAUUGAAUCUGAAGUGAACAGUGACUGCUACUGCAUGACUUCGUUUUGUUUGUUGGUUCUGUUUUCUUCCUUUGCAAAAUUGUAGCUUAUUGUAGCUACAGUUCAGUCUCUUCCAGGCAAAAAAACUCACAUCUUUCAGAAGUUUUGGUGGAACAGCCUACCUGCCAGGCACCUUAGAAUAGGCCGGAAUUAAGUUCUUUAUUGACAUUCCCCAGUUCAUUUACUUGGUGGCAGUAGUGUGAGUUAGCAUCAAGCUGCUGCCAUAGAGUACAGCCAAAGCAUCUGCUCACUCCCUCUUGACUCCUGGGCCAACUUUGCAGAGCUGACCCCUUUAGAGGUCUCCUUGCAAAGCCCAAUACUGUAGCAUUGGUAUUCAUCACUGAGAUAUGUGCAUCGGUUGCUCCGAUAUUUAAUAUUUAAUGUACAGCAUGGAAAAUUACAAGUACUCCAGUCAGCUACUCUGUGCAAUGUGAAGUCCAUUUUGCAAUAAACACACACACAUAUAUAUAUGUAGCUUAUUUAAUAUAUGACAUGCAAAUGUUUGUGUGUGCUAGGGGGGAGGCAAAAUACUUUGCUUGGUAACUCAUGUUCAUCAACUGGUGAAAUCAUCUCUGCUGCUCUAAAUUAAAUUUCCCCUUUUGUGCUGAAA